AUCCGCAUGCCACGCUCCCGGCUCAAAAUGCUGCCGCUCCCUCACUUCCUGGAUGGGGAGUUCUUCGUCUUCAAAGCCAUCCAUUGUCGACCGGCUUCGACAGCAAAGACACGCCAUCGCGGACCUGAAGAGCCGCCCGCGCAGACGUCGAUACCUCUUCCGAAAGAUCUAGCCCCCGCCGAAGAAAAGGAAAUGCCAUGAGCGACCUCGCCAACAUGGAAGACAAGUCUGUGAAUGUGAAGGUCGGCCAUCUGGAGCCUGUGACCAGCAUAGCCAGCACCAACAAUUCGGACCUGGAGACAAACCGUUAUGGCCACCUCACCCUCUGGCAGUCCAUCAAGAAGUGGCGCCGUGUCGUCCUCUAUUGUAUCGGAAUGACCUCGGCCAUCCUGAUGUACGGCUACGACUAUGUCAUCGUCGGCACCACGUCAGCCAUGCCCAGCUUUCAGCAAGACUUUGGUCAGCGCCUCAACAACAAAUGGAUCCUGCCAUCACUCUGGCUCGGUCUCUGGAACUUUGUUAGCCCUGGCUGCUCCAUGGUCGGCUCUCUGAUCGGGGGCGUCUUCCAGGACAGAUAUGGUCGCCGGGCGUCGCUCGCUGUCGGGUCAUUCCUGUCGGCCAUCGGUGUCGCGGUAUGCUUCGUGUCAAAUCUGUCACCAGAUAUUCAUACGCGACGCGGCGUCUUCCUUGCAGGCAAAGGUUUCCAGGGCGGCGCCAUCGGCAUGGUCAUGACCACGUCGCAGACGUACAUGUCGGAGAUCCUGCCGCCCAACCUCCGUGGGCCACUGCUCGCCUUCUUCCCCAUCUUCACCUUGCUCGGACAGCUCACAGGCGCCGCCGUCAUCUUUGCAUGCAUGAACAUGGAAAACGGAUACACCAUUUGCUUUGCGUCGCAGUGGCCCUUCUCUGCUCUCCCCUUGCUCAUGGCUUUCCUCAUCCCCGAGAGCCCGACGCACCUCCUCCGCCGGAACCAGGACGACAAGGCCCGCAAGGCCCAGGCCAAGUUGGACGUGCCAGGCGCAGACCCGGAAGAUACGCUGGAGGCGAUCCGGCGGAACAUUGAGCACGAGAGGCGGCAGACGGAUGCCAACUACGUCGACUCGUUCCGAGGUGUCAAUCUCCGGCGGACGCUGAUCAUCAUGUUCGCCAAUUCGCUGCCCAACAUGUUUGGUCUGACGUUGCUUGCCAAAUCCAGCUACUUCGUGCAGAUGGUCGGCAUGAAGGCCAACUUGAGUGUCAUCGUGCUAAUUCUCGGUCUUGUCUGUGGACUCAUCGCCAACAUUGCCAGCAUCUGGGUCCUCUCAAAGGUAGGGCGCAGGCGGCUUAUCAUGGCCACGCUGUCACUCCUGACAUUGGUAUGGACCGCCAUGGGUAUCGCGGGAUGCUUCUCGGGCCCUGUGACCGUAUGGUACACGGCGAUAUCACUGAUAGCGGUCGUUAUCGUGGCUGGGCUGGGAGUCUGGCCCGCGUCGCAUGUCGUGAGCGCCGAGACGUCUGCGCUCCAUCUGCGUUCCAAAGGGCAGGGGAUCGGCUGGUUCACUGCCGGUGCGAACAAUGCCGUCUUCGGUUUUGUGCUGCCGUACCUGUUCAACCCCGACAAGGGCAACCUUAAAGCCAAGACGGGUUUCGUGUUUGCUGGACUUUGUGCCCUCGGGCUUGUCGUGUCCUACUUUUUCGUACCAGAGAUGAAGGGACGAACGUCGGCCGAAAUCGAUCGCAUGUUUGAGGCGAGACUACCGGCACGCCAGUUCCGACACUGGACCAACUCGUCAGCGGAUUUGGAGAAGAAACGUUCGGCUGGAUCAGAGCGUUCUGAUGUGUAAAUGUUUCUUUUUGCAUAUCCGACUUAUUCUAAAGACAUGGCAGCAUGUACUCCUCUCGUAGUCUUUUGGUUCAACUUCACACAAUCAACCUGCGCCUCGGACGCCCUCGCUGACACUCACCUUGAACCGCCAUGAAACCUGUGUCUGCACGCACAGCCCAGGCGUUGGUUUUCCAUCUGAUGACAGCCAGUUUACCAAGGGGUGCGCAAAGGUCCUCGAACAGGUAGUCUGUGUCAAUCGAAUCUGGACCAACGCCUGAUUCUCACUCUAUUCC